AUGGCAGCAGUAGCGGCAGUAAUCACCACAUCAUUCGUACGUUCUCCUCCGCCUUCACCAUCAUCGCAACCACAAUUGUCGCCAUCUACUACCGUACAAAAUGCUGCUACCAUAACCGCAACUGCUACCACAACUAUAAACUUUGGACCUGCUACUAGCGAUCAAAAAAAGAAUAUCGUUAAUGACGUCUUGUUGUCGGAAUGUAUCAUGAAUACUGACGAUAACGAUAAUGACCAUAGUAAUAAUUUGCAAUCUGAUAGCGAUUCUGCAUCGGAAGUUGAUAGUUCAAAUUCGGUUCCUAUAACUCCAAUUGAUAUUUUUCCCUCAUCUGUCAUCUUUAACAACGACAACCGCAACAAUAAUAAUAACUCACCUUUGCCAUUAUUACCAAUAACAUAUACCACAUCCAUUACUACCGCAAUCAUUGAUGAUGAUAAUAGUAAUACAAUACCACAACGUUCGUUACACGAUAUAAUAAUUAAUGGUGGAACGAAAAGACUCUUUACAACUUUGGAAUCGGUCAUUGAAGCUCCCGCUGCUACAACUGUACCCACCACCGCUACAUCAAACUCUGCACCUUCUCCUCCCUCAUCAUCAUCUACUAAUAUUUCCGAAUCGACUUCAACCACCGCUUCUCCUCCCACCACCACCGCUACACCAUCAAAUAUCAACAACAACAACUGCAAUAAUGGUAAUGGAAGUGGAUACGACCUUUCGAACUUGUUGAUUCAGAAUGCCGUGCAAGCACUUUCUCAAAUAUCAGAUCCGAUCAUACCAGUCAACAUUACAUCAAAUUUCACCACUAAUGUGAUGUUGAUGAUGAUGAACGGUAAUUGCAACAACAACAAUUACACAAUCGAUCCAAAAAUCAUCACCACCACAAGACCUCCUCCAAUAGUUCCAAACAUCAUUACGAAUUUUAGUAAAAAUGCCAUUGACAAUAAUAAUAUUGUUAUUAAUUGCAAUGAUUUAAAUAACGAUCGUAGCUUUUCAAUUAUUAGCCCACCUUUGGAAACUCCAGAACUUGUGUCAAGCGGAUGUGAUAGUAGUGGUAGCAGUAACAAUAACGAUAAAAGAAAAAGAAAAUUGAAAUCAAAAAAGAGUCGAAGAACCAAUGGCGGAGAUGAAAGAAAGAUGUUGAUGACGCUACGAUAUGGUGACAAAUUAUUAUCAUCCGUUUCAGGAAAAGUCAAGCCAACAACUGUAGUAGACAAUGUUAGUAAUGCCAAUAAUAAUAAUUCUGAUGGCCACGUUGAACAAAAGCAACUUGUUGUAAAAGUAUCAAAUAGCAAUAACAAGGGUAAUAAUAAGAAUGUUAUUAAUGACGAUGAUAAUGAGGACGACGAAGAUUAUGUCCCACCAACCGAGAAGAAAAUUAAGAAAAAAUCUGGUAGAAAGCCACGUAGCAGUAACAAAUCAAAGCGUAAUAAGAAGCAACCCAUGGUAAACUCUGGGUUGGCCGCCUCUUCUUAUUCUUAUUCUUCCCCUUCCACCACCUCCACCACAGGUCACGUCAUCAACAAUCAUACUGAGGGGGCCAAAAGAGUCGAAUGUCAAGCCCCUGUUAGUAACAAAAGAAUAAGCGUUGUUGUUAAUGAGUCCCAACAUGGUUUUGCUGCCGCUGACUUGCGCCAACAACCUUUGGCUCAGGCGGUAGCUAGUGGUGAUGUAGUAUCUGCUGCUGCAACUCCAGCAUCGUCAUCAUCACCAUCGUCGCAUACACCAACAAUAUUUGAACAAUUUACUGAAUCAGGAAUUGAUUGGUGUAGAUAUUGCGGAACCACUGAGGGAGUCAAUUGGCGACCUGGACCUUGGGGCAAGAGAACUCUAUGCAACAAACACGGUUGUGACUACAAAGGCUACGGUUUCGCUUGCAGGACCCCUCGAUUAGAUUUGAGUAGUUUUGCUAGCGAGAGCAUAGCAGACCGUAGACAGCCAGUCUUACAACUUUGGGAUCAUUUGAUUUCUUGCGGUGGAUGUCCCAAGGCAUAUCACCAUAGUUGCCUUGAGGUGCCUACCACCGAACAAGCCGUUGCUGGUGGUGCUGGUGCUUGGUAUUGUGGAGAAGGAUGCAAAAAUAAUUAUAACAAUAAAAAAAUCGUGGUGGAACUUCCACGUAAGAAAAUGCCCUUGAUGUUGGAUCCUAAAAAUCAAGGAGUGGAGGGUCCUGUGACUAGCGCAUCUCGUUCUCAAGCUUCUCGAAGAUCUUCAAGAACAUAG